GUAGCCUCCACUUCCAGGGCAAAAACGGAGCCGUGGGUCGUGCCAGCGUUUUGCCGGAGCGAGCUAAGAACCAACUGCAUGAUCGCACAUUUCCCCUUCCAAACUUGACCUUAGCGCCCAAUGCAAAGGACCAACAGUCACAUUAAGCAUUCCCUUAUCAAUUUAUCACAGUCCUGUUGGAAGGAUUAACUUCUAAGCUCCGGGUUUGCAGCUGCCUAGGUUUGAAAGCAUUUAAUUGGGGCCCAGCGCCAAGCCAGAUCUCCUUUGGAUUACAGCCUUCUCUUACAUUCAUUUCUCUCUCGCGAUAAAACGACUGACACAACAUGACAGAACUACCAUCCAUCAGGAUUGCCGUCAUUGGCGGCGGACUGGCUGGCGCAACAAUUGCGCAUGCCCUCCUCCGUCAUGCCCACCUAGAUGUCCACGUUUACGAAUCAGCACCCGAGUUCUCCGAGCGCGGCGCAGCUGUCGGGCUCGCCAGCGAGGCCCAGGAGGUCCUCAAGCUUGUGCUCGGGCCCGCAGAGGCAAGCGCCUUGCUCGACAAAGCCGGUGCCGUGGUUCAAGCUUCGACACGGCUGUGCCUGGGGUCCGGCCCGCAUGCGGGAACUGUCAUGAUGGACCUCGGUGGCGGUAACCCCGAGUCGGCUGGGAGGGUUGUGCACCGUGCUUCGCUCCUCCGCGAACUCCUUGCUCCUCUCCCCACCAGCCGGCUUCAUGCGAGCAAGGCACUUUCCAAGAUCACCACUGCCAGUGAGGACUCUGUCAAGGUCACUUUCAGUGACGGCCAAGAGGAGGUUUUCCACGCAGUCAUUGGCGCUGAUGGAAUCUUCGGUGCAGUGAGGCGACAUGUGUUGAGUGACAAGGCAGAUGCCGAGGGCCCUUCUGCUGCUGGCUUCUGGGACUGCAGGAACCUGGUGCCGUUCGAGAAGGCGAAGGAGGUGCUUGGAGCGGAGUAUUUCGAGCAAGACAGGCAAUAUGGGUGGGCAGGGAACGGGGCGUUCAUCAUGCAUGAUGUGCUAGACAACAGCACGAAGGUGCAGUGCGUCAUAUCCGCUGUUGAGAAGGAUAGCCCAAAAGAUCGCAAGAGGGCGUUGACGCGCGAGUUUCUGGAGGAAACCUUGCAUGACUGGCUCCAAGGGCCCAUCGGCAAGGGAAUGAUAGAGCUCAUACUCGAUCAACCCGACCCUCAGGCAUAUUCGCAGUGGGAGCACAAGUCUACCAGCACAUACGCCAACGGCCAAGUGUGCAUCGCCGGCGAUGCAGCUCACGCCACCACUCCGUGGCAGGGAGCCGGUGCCGGCCAGGCCUUUGAGGACGCGCUGAUUCUCGGUACGCUUCUUGGCGUCGCCAAACGCCCGUCUGAGAUCUCUCACGCUUUCCAGGCAUAUAGUGCCGUCAGGAAAGAGAGGUGCCAGAGAGUCAUUGACUCCAGCAGGGGAACUGGGUUGAUCCUUUGUGGGCAAGAUCCAGAGGCCGGCUUGGAGCCUGGUAAGAUGAUGGGCCUGCUGGCCCCUAGGUGGGGCUUCAUCGCUGGUAUCGACCUCCACGCCUAUAAGGAAGAGGCAUUGGCAAAGUUGAAAGAGCUCCAGGGAGUUUGAAGCAUUUCGGCAGUUUGACCAAUAUGGUGUUGCCGUGGCAUAGCAGCAAUGUUUGAAAUAGUGCCACUCUGUCUAACUCG